AUGGAUGACGACCUGAGAGAAAGACCUGGUGUUGUUUCCCGGUUCUUCCAUUCCUUAGAAGUGAAAUACCAAUAUUAUUUGGAUAAACUCACGCCGCAAACUACUGUUCGGUGGUUGAUGGCAGCAGUAGCAAUAAUCACUUUUUGUGCUAGGAUUCUCUACCUCCAAGGCUUCUACAUAGUGGCAUAUGCUGUUGGAAUCUACUAUUUGAAUUUGCUCCUUUUGUUCCUAACACCUUCUAUUGAUCCUGCCCUCGAGGACGACGAUGAUGGGCCUGUUUUGCCAUCAAGAACGAAUGAUGAAUUUCGUCCGUUUAUCCCACGUCUAUCAAUUGAUCGAUUCUGUAUCACUCAAAUCUUAUUCAGGCACUCUGCUAUGAAAGCCACUUUAAUCGCGAUUUUUUGUACAUUUUUCGAAUUCUUCAAUGUGCCGGUAUUCUGGCCGAUUCUUGUCAUGUACUUCAUCAUUCUUUUCUUCCUGACAAUGAAGAGACAGAUAAUGCAUAUGAUCAAGUACAAGUACAUCCCAUUCACUGUUGGAAAGCCUCGAAUGGCUGGAAAGGAAGACACCGGGAAGGUUGUCGUUGGUUAG